AUGGAGGACGAAAAGCCCGUUGUUAAGAGCGAGGGUGGGUCAGAAGACACCUCGGCAGAGGGUCUGCUGAGUUUCGCGAAUCUCGAUAUUAAAAUGGUGAUAAAGUUUGGCGGUAAACUGGUAGGGUCUGCGGGUAAAGAGUAUGAUGACCCGACCCAGAAUUUAGAUCCUGUAGAACGACUGAAACGGCAGAAGCAGAAUUUGAAGCAGAAACUCGGCAUGGCUGGUGAAUAUCUGGAUGACGAGAUUCUGAAUGAUAGUGAUAUAAAACCAACUGCAUCUGGAAAUGGUACUGGCAGGAAUACUGCUUCUAAAUCGUCGUCACCGGUUCCUGCUGGCAAUGGGAAUGGUGCUACGGGUGUAAAAAACGAACCGACACCUGUUAGUGCUACCCCUACUACACCAGGUACUCCAGGAACUCCUUCGACACCAGCUCCAGAUGCUGCUUCGGCAGCUCAGAAUGCUCGUUUAAGAGCCAUGGCGAAACGAAGAGCCAAAUUUGACGCUAAAAAUUCUGCUAAUAAAGUGAGGGUCGUUGAUUUGUCUGCUAGUCAAGCAGCAAAAAGACUCGCCAAAGAUCAGACAGUGGCCAAUAGUAAUGGCGGUGCUGAUAAUAAUGGCAAUGGAAAUGGCAGUAUUAACGGCAGUGACUUUGAAAUCACAGCUCAGGGCCAUAAUGACAAGGUGGUUGUAGAGCAUAAAGCACCGAAAGUGUCGCCUUUGGUUUCUAUGCAGCAGGAAUCAGCUGGUAAAGUAUGGCCCUUUGAAGGCUUGUGUGAGCUGUUGAUGGUUGAUUUGUUCGACGAGUGCUGGGAAGUGCGUCAUGGAGCUGUUUUAGGGCUUCGUGAAGUGAUCCGAGUUCAUGGAAAAGGUGCUGGACGUGUUAAAGGUGUCAGUCGCCAGGAAAAUGAUCGAAGAAAUAGCCAGUGGCUGGAGGAUCUUUCAUGUCGGUUGUGUUGUAUUUUUGCAUUAGAUAGAUUUGGUGAUUAUGUUUCAGACCAGGUUGUGGCUCCUGUACGGGAGUCUGCUGCUCAAGCGUUGGCUGCUCUAUUACUGCACCUGCCUAACGAUAUAAUCUAUUCGACAUUUUUGGUUCUAUGUCAACUGAUUCUUCAGAAAGAUCUGGGUCUGUCUUUCCCACUGUGGGAGGCUUGUCAUGGUGGUAUGCUCGGUCUGAGAUAUCUUGUAUCGGUUCGAGUGGAUAUAUUAGCACCUGAAAAUGAGCAUAGUACAAAGUAUUUUGAUGGCAUUGUCGACUGUGUACUACAUGGACUACAGGAAUCAGAUGACGAUGUACAAGCCAUGGCUGCUGCAACUUUACUCCCAAUUGCAUCCGAGUUUGUAGCUCAACGACCUGGAACGAUCAGUGAACUGCUCGAGGUGAUUUGGGAGUGUCUUGCUGAGCUGCGAGACGAUUUAAGUGCCGCUAUCGGUAAUGUAAUGGACCUGUUGGCCAAAUUAUGCGGGUUCCCAGUGGUUUUAGAUACCAUUCGCAAUUCAUGGUUAGAAGAGGAAUCACAAUCGUUCUCCUCACUUGUGCCCAGACUGUAUCCAUUUUUACGUCACUCAAUCACCAAUGUUCGAAAGUCUGUUCUCCGUGCUUUACAGACAUUUUUGACUAUAGAAGGCGAGGGGUCAAAAGAGUGGAUUGACGGCAGGAUUUUGCGAUUGAUUUUCCAGAACUUGCUUGUCGAGCAGAACAAAGAUGUACUAAAUCUGUCGUUAGACGUUUGGAAUAUGUUGUUGGAUGAGAUUGUGAAGAAAUCGCCAACUCUGUUUUCACAGCUGUUUAAUGAACACUUUUCACCACUGCUGACGCUUCUCAUGACGCCUAUUGGUACUGCCAGACACUUCUACAAAAUGAACUCGUCACUAUUUAUCAAGCCAUCAGGAGCAUCAUAUAGUCCAAUUGCUCAGGAGACAAAUGGUGAGGAUAAAAAGACUCCAAAGCAACGGGGCAGAAAGCGCAAAGCUUCGGCUGUCUCUGAGUCGCCUAUUAAAAAGGACUCUUCUUUGCAUGUCAAUAUCGACAAUCCCAUGUUUUUGGGUGAUGUUACUCUCGUCGAAUAUUCUACAUUUUUACGGACAAAGGUAACUGCCAGUCGAGCUCUUGGACGUGCCCUGUCCUUAUGGGAUUCACAACAAUUAUUAGCAUUGAAGGGCACCUUUGAUGAGUAUAUCAACUCACCAUUUUCUACACAGCGGUUAGUAGCUGCUCUGAUUAUUGAGGAAUACGGUAUAGCUUCUACUACCAAUGGUUCUUCAAACUCGUUGGACCCUGAGUUUAGUGAGUAUUUCCGAGAAAAGUUCACUUCUGUAUUGGGUACUCCGUCUUCGGAAGGACCAAUGUAUAGAGACCUGACACCAUAUCUACGAGCAGUGCGCACUCAAUGUCAAGCGCUAUUUAGUGUCUUUGUAGAUACUGCCAGAUUAUCGAGAAGCAAGCUACCUCAAGUAGCUGUAGUAGUCCAGGGAGAGCCAGAAGCUGGUCCUGAUGCAUUUAACAUUGCCACGGCAGAGAAAAUAUCUGGUGAAACUUUUGAAAAGCUCAAACGGGCAUUGUCAACCAGCUCUAGAAUCAUUGCUUCGCAAGCUCUGUCUGAUGCUCAUCGCAAUCUUGUUCACUCGAUUGAUGAAGCCAAGGAUAUCAAAUCUGCUCGUGAUAUCAGUAUCAAUGCUGCUAGUGCUGCGGCUUUUGUUGCACUUUCCAACGGUACCCUACCGAAGAAGCUCAAUCCAUUCAUCCAGAGUCUGAUGGGCAGUAUUAAAUCCGAAGCCGACGAGUUAUUGCAAGGUCGUACUGCCAAGUCUAUUUCCGAUCUUAUCAGCUUGUUCUUACGCGUUGGUAAGACAGGUGCUGCUGACAAGGUUGUCAAGAACCUAUGUGUAUUCUUGUGCGUAGAUACAUCCGAAGUGCCUGAAUUCCACCAUAAUGCCAAGUACGACGAUUCCAUCUUAUCGCUGAUCAAAGAAGAAACGAAAACCGAAAUUGCUGACUUGCUUGCUCACCAAAAAGAAGUCAAAGCUGCUAAAAUUAAGAGAUUGGGUGCAAAGACUGCCUUGCAUAACUUGUCACUAUUGUUUGGUGUCAAUCUAUUCCAGUCGGUACCCAAGCUUAAAGAAUGCAUGUUUGGAGCAUUGUCGUAUCUCAAAGAACCCGAUUCUUUGCCUGCUGAAAUCACUCAAGUCGGUAAUACAGUGGGCCAGGAUAUUAUUGAUUCUUUGUCUGUUAUUAAGGCUCUCUUACCCAGUUUGGAUAAGAAUCUUCACGGAGAAUUUUUGCCUCAUAUCCCUCUUAUCCUCAAUACUUUAUCGUCCAAGUUUUCUGUUCUUCGAUAUACAGCCGCCAAAUGUUUCGCCACGAUUUGUAGCGUCAUUACUGUGGACGGUAUCAAUGCUUUAGUAGAAACAGUUCUGCCAAUGGUUUCGAAUGCUUUAUCGCUAUUUUCAAGACAAGGUGCUAUAGAGUGUAUUUAUCACCUCACUUCGACAAUGGGUGUAGAUAUUUUGCCAUAUGUAGUGUUCCUGAUUGUACCUGUUUUGGGUAGAAUGAGUGAUGCUGAUAAGGACAUUCGACUGAUUGCCACGACAACAUUCGCAUCGAUAAUCAAAUUGGUGCCUCUGGAGUCUGGUAUUCCUGAUCCACCAGGCAUGUCGGCGAAGUUAUUGGAAGGACGAGAUAGGGAGCGUGAAUUCAUUUCUCAAAUGAUGGAUGUUAGUAAGAUUCAAAAGUUCAAUAUGCCUGUUGCAAUCAAAGCCGAUCUUCGUAAAUACCAACAGGACGGUGUCAACUGGCUUGCCUUUUUGAAUAAGUACCAUCUUCACGGUAUCUUGUGUGACGAUAUGGGUCUUGGAAAGACACUACAAACUAUUUGUAUUGUUGCUAGUGAUCAUCAUCUCAGAGCAGAGGAGCAUGCACGAACUGGAUCUGAUGAGAGUCGUUCAUUACCUUCUCUUGUCAUCUGUCCCCCCUCGCUGACCGGUCACUGGAAACAUGAGAUCAAUACGUAUGCGCCAUUCCUCAAAGUUCAAAUCUAUGUUGGUUCUCCCAGUUACAGAUCUUUCAUUAGCAACCAGUUUAAUGCACAUGAUGUUGUCGUCACGUCUUACGAUAUUUCACGUAACGAUGUGGCAGUUAUCUCGAAGCAGAAUUGGAAUUAUUGCGUUCUUGACGAAGGUCAUAUUAUAAAAAACGCCAGCUCCAAACUGACUAAAGCAGUCAAGACUUUUAAUGCUAAUCACCGUCUGAUUUUGUCUGGUACACCAAUUCAGAAUAAUGUGCUUGAAUUGUGGUCGUUAUUUGAUUUCCUGAUGCCAGGAUUUUUAGGAACUGAAAAGGUGUUUAAUGAGCGAUUUGCCAAACCUAUCUCUGCUAGUAGAAAUGCCAAGAGUUCUUCUAAAGAGCAAGAGGCUGGAGCAUUGGCUUUGGAAGCUCUUCACAAGCAAGUGCUUCCAUUCUUGCUGCGUCGUCUUAAAGAAGAUGUUUUGUCAGAUCUGCCCCCCAAGAUCAUUCAAGAUUACUAUUGUGAUUUGAGUGACUUGCAGAAGCAACUUUAUGACACCUUUGUCAAGAGUCAAAGACAGAUGGUGGCAUCGGAAGCUGGCGAUUCAGGCAAGGAAGGUAAACAACACAUUUUCCAAGCUCUCCAGUAUAUGCGUAAGUUGUGUAACCACCCUGCUCUUGUGGUAAAUGAGAAACACCCUCAAUACGCCAAGAUCACAGCUGAACUUGCAUUUCAACGAAAGAACAUUCGUGAUAUAUCACAUGCACCCAAGCUCAUGGCACUUCAAGAGCUAUUAAUUGAUUGUGGUAUUGGCGCUACCGGUGCUGUUUCGGCUACCAGUACACAGCAGCAACAGGCUGCUACAUUGGCAGAGGGAGUCACAAGUCAGCAUAGAGCUCUUAUUUUCUGUCAAUUAAAGGAUAUGUUGAAUAUGGUUGAAAAUGAUCUGUUCAAGAAACACAUGCCUUCGGUUUCUUACAUGAGGCUGGAUGGUAGUACCGAUGCUAGACAUAGACAGGAUAUUGUACAAAAGUUCAACAGUGACCCAUCCAUUGAUGUCCUGUUGCUAACGACACAUGUUGGUGGUCUUGGUCUCAAUUUGACUGGUGCAGACACUGUAAUUUUUGUUGAGCACGAUUGGAAUCCUAUGAACGAUUUACAAGCUAUGGACAGAGCCCAUCGUAUCGGACAGAAAAAGGUUGUCAAUGUGUACAGACUAAUCACCAAGAACACGUUGGAAGAAAAGAUCAUGGGUCUGCAGAAAUUCAAGCUCAACAUUGCUUCUACCAUCAUCAACCAGCAGAAUUCGGGUCUCAGCUCGAUGGGAACCGACCAGAUUCUAGAUUUGUUUAGUGUAUCUGACACAAACAAGGAAGAAGAACAGGGCUCCAAGCCCGAAGAGGCAUUGGAUGAGACGGGACAGAUCAAGAAUCGUCUGGCUCCACCUAAUGCAGUCAGUGAGCUUGGUGAACUAUGGGAUGAAAAGGAAUAUGAGGAAGAAUAUAAUCUCGACUCGUUUAUUCAGAAUCUUAGAGGAUAG